AUGUCAACACCAAACCGCAGUCGCAGUCUGCGUUCCGACGGGGCGUCACUGUCCGCGUCUGAGUCGGAACGCCUCCAUUUCAAUGUUUGACAGGGACGGUUCACGUGGCCCUUAGAGCUCGAAAUUUCGGAUGCGUUGUCGUCUGCAAGUAGCCUCGCCGCGGCACAACCCGCUAUGCGGAUACGAAUAGCAAUAUGAUUUCUCGUCUGCAAUGAGGACCUUCCCUGCAUUUUUCUGCUGUCGUCUUGUUCUGUUAUUGUUUGUUUGAGAUGAAUUUUUUCAGAGAUAAAAUCCAAUCAGUUCAGGAGGGCAUUUCUGCAAGCUUCCACAGAAUUUCCUCAGGAGAGACGUCUCGUCCCAUUGAAUACAGGAGCGUCAAUCUUAAUGCGGGAGCUGAAAUUUUGCAGCGAUACCAAACCGAAUGGCACGAUGGCCAUCAAUUGGCGGAGGAAAAUGCAGCCAAAGCUCAGGCUAUUGAUGAAGUAAUUGGCAGUCUCCAUGCAACUUUUGAGAAGCAAUGGACUGGUAUAACUCAGUUAAAUACUACUAUGGCAGCAAUUCCUAAAAUUAUAUCAUCCACACAAACGUUAAUGGAACACUUAGGAAACCUUCAAGAAUUAUUUGAUGAAGUGGAACACAAUCUUCUGCAGCUAGAGGAUGUAGUUGAGACACAAGAGCAUCAGGAGCGUCAACUAGAUCAUCGUUUCCAAUUGGCUAUGUACAAAGAGAAAAAGUUGCAGGAACUUGAAAGAGUUAGAGAAAGCCUGGUGAAGGAAUAUGGAGAGAAAAUGGCGAAUUAUGAAAGAAGACAGUGUCAAACCAUGAAAGAAAGACAAGAAACCUUCGGACAAGUUUUCCAAGAAGAUCUAGAACAGUUUAAGCAGUCUGGAAAAUUACCAGUUACUCCCAUCAAGUCAGCACAACCUGGUCCAUCUUUGGAGGAAGUCACUCUUGAUGAUGACUCUGUCGCAUUAGAUAAUUUUCUAGGGGAAAGCCAAGCGUGAAGAAAACUUCUUAAUGUUUUGAAAUGAAAUACUGUAAUUGUUAUGUUCCAUAAUUUUCUGUUAUUUCUGUGCUGUGAAAAAUUGUUUAACUUUGUCUCCUGUUGUUUUGUUAUGGGGCAUGGAGAAAAUUUUGAAACAAAACUCUCUUGCACUGACUGAUUAACAAGUAAGAGGCUAUCUUUCCAUCGUAUGCUGUGCCUUCCUUCAACAUGGCAUUGUUCAUACAUUCCAAAGUAAGUGAUAACAUGUCCAAUUUGCUCAUUCUCUCAUUUUUGUCAGAGUAAUUCUUAUUAAUUUUUGUUUUCAAGUCUCCCCUAUGGAGUGCUUAGGCGUGCACAUUCGAAUUUUGAAUCGGAAGCACCCAAACGUGUUGUUUUCUCGUUGACAUUAAUGAAUACAGAUUAUAUUUAUCUAACCACCUCGA